UCCUAACACAAUUUCUUUCAUCUCCCCAUUCUACUCCUCUUCCCACAGAUUAAAUCAAACUCCAUUGUACUUCUUGUUUUUCAUUUAUAUAAUCUCUCCAUACAGUGUUCAUUUACAUUGAAAAAUAUAUAUACAGUUAAUCAUGACUUUGGCCAAGAGAAUUCCCAUUUUUCUGCUCAGGCUCCUGGCCUUAGGCGCUGCGGUUACGGCAACAGUGAUCACGGUGACAAGCAAGGACACUGCACAAUUCUUGAACAUGAAAUUUGAAGCCAAGUAUACAAAUUCACCAACUUUCAAGUAUUUCGCGUUAAUAAAUGCAAUAGCAAGUGGUUACACCCUUAUAAUGCUCUUUUUCCCUUCCAAAAGUUCUUGUGGGCAUUUGAUCUUGGUUUUUGAUUUGAUAAUGGUGUUGUUGCUGGAUUCGAGCAUAUCAGCCUGUUUGGCUAUAGGGCAGGUGGGGAAGAAAGGGAACAGUCAUGCAGGUUGGCUACCAAUUUGUGGGCAAGUUCCAAAGUUCUGCGACCACGUUACAGGAGCUCUUAUUGCUGGCUUUUUGGCUGCAAUUAUUUAUUUUCUCAUUUUUCUCUACUCCCUUCACAACUUUCUCAAUCUUUUCAAUCUUAAAUCUUAGGCACUUCUCUUAUAAACUUGCCCUUUAUCCUAUGGGAACAUUGUAACUCUCACCAAGAAGCAUUAGUAAUUUCAUAAGGUUUUCUAUGUAUGGAUGUAAUGGUUAUUAUGGACAUUUUUGGUUUGAUGUACUAAAUAUAUAAUUGUACGAGAUUAAAGAUAAAA